AUGAUGUUCGCAAACUUCCCUGACCGGACGGGAUCCUCGCUGCCUGAAGCAAUCUCGAGCUUGUACGAGAGUGAGGCGGCAGUCUUGCGCCGUAUCUAUCAUCCGCAUACCUCAUCAGCACUCCACACUAUAGCGUCCCUGCAUCCAGUGCACCAUCUCAUCCUCAACGAGCUAUUCCGCGUCGAGCCCUCUGUCGUUGUAUCACUCAACAAAUACUGCUACGACCAUUUCACCCCAAAGCUGUACCAGAAAGUGGACUUCGACGUUCAUAGAAUCCCGAUCCUGUCGUUCCUCCACGGACUAAAUUUGCCGAAUGGCCGGAAACGGAAGCUGUUGAAGCUGGUUCGAGAGGUAUCUUUCUACUUUCACCCUUUGGUGCAUGUGCCGAAGGGCGAGGUGUUGCCUGAUGGCACCAGACAGAUGAUACCGAUAGAUCGUCUUGAAGGGGUACAUACUGGUCAUCGACACUCGUGGAAUGAAGAGCCCUCAAGACUGGCCGAGGAGAUCAUAAAGCCCCUGGCGCAACUGAGUGAGUACUGGAGGGAGAUGUAUAUAAACCCGUCACUUUGUCCAGGAAAUGGCGGAUUCAUGCCCAAUGUUGAGAACAUAUCCAUGUGUGGAUAUAUGGGAGACUACAUCUUUACAGGCUACUACAAAGAAGACGGCUACGUCUCACGGUAUGAGGCGCAACGAAAUGCAGCAGGAAGAAGAUUCCAUAACUCCGGAGAGCUUAUGGACCCGCACCUAUUUCUUUUCAAAGAAAUACUGGGCCUUGGUCAGAACACGCAGCACUCGGCGAUUCAAAUUCCUAUCCUCCCGCUCAAUUCCCGAGGCAAGACUCACUACGAGUCACUUUGCAGAGAAAUGACAUCAGUCUACAACUGGACGAUAGCGGGUGGGGAUCCGGACAUCAAUGCCAGCAAAACAUACUACGGCCCGGUGAGAUCAGAGCAGCACAAGAGCCAUACUCAGAUGAUCAUGCCGGUUUCCAUCAGACAGAUGAGGAUGUCUCCAUACCACCAAAAGACAGCAGAUGCUUCGACCGAGGGUGAAGGGCCGGAUCGAAUCGCGCUCUUGUCAGAUUUCUUGAUACAGCAAAAAGCUGCCGUUAUGGGAAAGAAGCGGCGCGUUGGUGAAAUCAUCGAAGCCAACGAAAUAUCUCGGCUUGUGACGAUGACAGUAUCAGCUUUGCAGGCCAGGGAUGGGAGAUGUACCAGAUGGAUUGGCGUUCAGUAG